CCAUCGAAUCACUUUACGAGGAACUGAUAAUGAAUGGUAUUAUCGUGAGGACCCCCAACAUCAAGCUGAUGGACUACGAGGGAGAGUACAGUUACCUAGGAACCACACUCCGACAGGCUAACAUAGAGCCUAUGCCCUCUCUCAGUGAUGUCAGGAGGCUUGUCACAGAGUUCGGCAUUCUUCCUCUCGGUUCGCCAGCUGUUCACGAAAAAGCUCCGCUCACAAAAUCCAUACUUUUAGCAGGUCCCAGAGGGACUGGCAAAAAAAUGUUGGUUCAAGCCGUUUGCAACGAGACUGGGGCCAACAUGUUCGACCUGUCUCCUGCUAAUAUAGUAGGAAAAUACCCUGGCAAGGAUGGACUUAAAAUGUUGAUGCAUUUAGUAUUUAAGGUCGGGAGGGAACUUCAACCAAGUGUAAUAUAUAUUGGAGAUUGUGAAAGAAUGUUUAAAAAGAAAGUGCCGAAGACAGAUCCAACAGACCCUAAAAGGUUAAAGAAGGAGCUUCCUAAAGCAUUGAAAACAAUAAAAAGUGAUGACCGUCUGCUCCUAGUGGGAACAUCACGUUGUCCAUUUGACGGAGAGAUGAAACCGUUGACGAGCUGCUACCAGCGGAUCAUUCUCAUUCCUCGUCCAGAUUAUGCCUCACGGCAUUUGUUAUGGCGACGGAUCAUUUUGAAAAACAAUGGCGUGUUGACUGCACACCUUGACAUCAGUUCCUUAUCUAAGGUCACGGAUGGCUACACUCCAGGUCACAUGGCAACAGCGGUACAGCAAGUUCUCACGGAGAGGCGCAUACAGACCCUAUCUAAAAAGCCUCUCCAGGCGGUUGAGUUCAUUGCUCCACUGGCUAGGAUUGAUCCAAUUUAUAAGGAAGAAGAGGAAUCUUUUAAGUCAUGGUAUGCUAAGACACCUCUUGGUAAAAAGCGGGCAAAGGCUGCUGCUGCUGAUGACGAUGAUGGAGGUGGUGGCAAGGGAGGAAAGAAGGGUAAAAAAGGAGGCAAAAAGAAGGGAGGAAAGAAGAAGAAAAAGAAGUAGAUGUGAAUUUGGAGGUCGUGACUCCAUUUUUGAACUGUGAUAACAAAACCUUAUUGACUUUCAUGUCAAUAUUUUUUUCUAUAAACCACACAUUGGAAAAUAUUUUUCAAAACAUUAUUAAAACCAGAAACUUUUCCUUAUGGCAAUCGAAAACAGUGAUUUGUCAGGGGAUGGAUCAAAGUCAACAUCUCCUUGACGAUUUCAAUACCAGUACCGUUAUGACGACACUGUGAUAUUACUAUCUUUACAUAUCCAUGAUUUAUCAAAUUAUGACUUAAAUUUCUUUUUUCAAAGAAAAUCUUUACAUUUGAGGAUAUUUACCAAACUCAAAAAAUGUUUUGAUAUAAUUUCUACAACACUACAGAAAUUACGUAUAUAAUCAUGUCGGUUUUUACCAGGAAAUAUGAUUAUUGUACUUUGACCUUUUAUAACUAUAUUUAUGCAUUGUUCUAUAUGAUAAAGUCAUAAAUUACCAGAAACUUUCUGGUCAUGUAAUAAAUGUGAUUUGUGUAAUGA